GCUGAACGCACGUACGUACGGACAAUUUGUGUACAAAAUGAAUGUGAAAAUCGCGUAAUGUACAGGCAGCCAUAUUGAAACUUCCUCGAUUGAAAAAGCCGGUGUAAUCACAAUUAUUCAGUUAUUUAUUUCCAUCUUAAGUGUAAUUGAAAAGCUUUUCUAACAUACGUGGAUCUACCCUGCCAUGUCCACAAUGAAUCCGGAGUAUGACUACCUGUUCAAACUUCUUUUAAUUGGCGAUUCAGGUGUUGGCAAAUCAUGUCUUCUCUUAAGAUUUGCAGAUGAUACAUACACAGAAAGCUACAUCAGUACAAUUGGAGUAGAUUUUAAAAUACGAACCAUUGAGCUAGAUGGCAAAGUAAUCAAACUUCAAAUAUGGGACACAGCAGGCCAAGAAAGGUUCAGAACGAUCACAUCAAGUUACUACAGGGGAGCACAUGGAAUCAUAGUAGUAUACGACGUCACAGACCAGGAAUCAUUCAACAAUGUCAAACAAUGGCUACAAGAAAUUGACCGAUAUGCAUCAGAAAACGUCAACAAACUACUGGUAGGCAACAAAUGUGAUCUAACAACAAAGAAAGUUGUAGACUACACGACAGCAAAGGAAUAUGCAGACCAACUUGAGAUCCCCUUCCUAGAGACUAGCGCAAAGAACGCCACCAAUGUGGAGCAAGCUUUCAUGACGAUGGCUGCUGAGAUCAAGAACAGGAUGGGACCGGGCAGCGUACCAUCAGGCAGCUCACAUGAUAAGAUUAAUCCUAGCACCACGCCAGUCAAACCCAGUGGAUCCGGAUGUUGUUCUUAAUAAAUCUCGCAGUAUUUUAUUUUUUCUUUUAAAUUAGCUUAUAACACAGGUUAUAAUUAUUUUGUGUCCUCUUGGGGCAGGCAGUAAUAAUGAUUAAAAUCCUGAUAGAUUUAAUAUCUCACAAAUUAAUUUUUUUAUUCUGUUAUUUUUUAUUUAUACCAAUUCUUUUGUCGACAAAUCUGAACAGAAUCCUAGGAUUGAUUCAAUUGGCACAUUUCAAAUAAUUGCUUUACCCAGGCUCCACUUCUCUGUCAAGGGAUGCAUGAUUAUGUGUUUUCCAUAAAUGCAAGUGCUAGCAUUGGCAGAAAAUCAAGUUAUAUCAAGGCAUAUAUAUACCAUCCUAUGUCAUGUAUACAAUCUUGGAGUAUGCAGCCAGCUGGGAUCGAUUACCAACAGGAACACAGUAAGCUAAAUGGAAAGUCACCAUCGCUUGGGUGUAAAAUUUGAGGAAAUAAAUGAACAUUGUGAACGAUCAGACUGGUUUUCUGUUCUUACAUGGUAGACAUGGAUCUUGCGUUUUUUUCUUGUAAAGACCAGCCCCUGAUCUUUGUUUCCCCAAAGACACCCUUGGUUCCCCCAAAGAUCUGUUUCAGACUGGUGGUUGGAAAGUCCAUUCGCUUGCUUAUUAUGAUGGUUGAUUUUAUUAUGAUGGUUGAUUUCAGUUUUGCCUCCAUGGGUCAUUGAUAUCCCCUAUGGGUUGCCAAAGCAAAUCAUUUGUAGUCUCGUGGCAACUUAUUAUCAGUUUCAUGUGCCAGGAACUGGGUUGUCUGCUUUUUCUCUGCUUUUAAAGAAAAAUGGGCUCCAUGAUGUAUUAGAAAAUACACAAAAGAAAAAAAAAUAUACAUGUGUUGUAAAUGUAAUUAUGAUGAACUGUGGACGCUACAAAAAAAAACAGUCACCUAGACAUGUGCACAUCAGCAUAUUUGUAUAAAUACACUUUAUUAUAUAUAUACUUAUACCAGUAAUUAAUUAUCAAUCAUUGCUUUUUUGUUCAUCUUUUUAGUCUUUGCUUCAAUGACAUAUUUUGGAUAUAUUUGUACCAUUCCAUGAUGAAGAUAAUAUUUGUUGUUUUUUGGAAGCAUGUGGCCUAACUCUGUUUUUUUUUCUUUCUUCUAAUUAUAAUCUCUCUGUCUUAUUUGUUUGAAUUGCUAGUUGAUGUAGAGUUAACUUGUACCAAUAUUGGUCAUAUUUUAGUCUAGGGUGACAUCUACACUGUAUUUUAAAACCAGAUUAACAUUGCAAAUGAUUUAGGGGGACUUGACUAAUGACUUGAAUAUCUGUUUCUGCUCGUCAGGCAGUGUUUAACCCAUUGAAGAAGGAAAACCAAAACAAAAUAGCUGCGGAAAUCAUAGGGUUAGACCCAUUAAAAAUGAGCCUCUUCUUGAAAUGAUAUUUUCAAUGAAUGUGAAGGAUGUUUUAUACUGUGGCUGUGUAGCCCUUGGUAAAGAAUUGUAAACAGCUGUCGCACAUAUCACACAGUGUUGGUAGAUAAAUGCUGGAAUCUUCACAGGACAACUUUAUGAGUUUUUCAGUUUAGAGCAUGAAUUAAAAAAUAGUUAUCGUCCAUGCUUCACAAAUUUGGUUAAUGUAAUGUACACAUCACUUCAUGUGUAUGUGUUUAUGUUAAAGGGACUAUUUUGUAUUUUCUGUAGGCCACUGUGAUUAGGUUUGCUAACCCGAGUCAAAUGCAUUAUUAAUUUUGUGUUUUGAGAAUGUACAGAUUAUGCUCAAAGACCAAAACUGUUUCAAAGCUAACACAUAUUUAUAUCAAAAAAGCAGUCGGUCUUCAUUAUCUUUCCUUCUGUAUCGCAACAAGAGUCAAAAUUAAAUAGAUUAUAGAAUAUUUCACAUUGUAUUGUGCUAUGUUUUCCAAGUUCACACUGUACAGAUGAUUGAAUGAGAUGCUUUAUACAAGGUUGUGUAUGAAUGGAAGGAUAGAUAUGCCAAGUGAUUUUAAUUUAUCAGUAAAGAGUAGAUUUAUAUUUGUAUCUCUCUUUGUUCUUUUUUAAAGAUAGAAUUAUUGCUUCUUUUUUUGUCUAUCUAUGUGGAAGUCCUUUUUUUCUUUUUCUUCUUCAUAGAUAAGCAGAGGAAUUUGAUACUUAACCAUUAGACAGCUUGUUACAUAUGGGUGAAGGACGUGUAGCCCUCGUGUCUGUCUGUCUGUCUGUGGACAUAUCAUACUUGCUUCAUCUUUUGUGUGUUGAACUAUUUAAUAUAGCUGUUAUCUCAGAAUAUUACAAUUUGAACACAGUCUGCAUUAAAGCAUGCGCAGUAUGUUUGCUUGUAAGCUUCUGGUCUGAUGGGGUCGUUUCAACUUCUGGGUUUCCAUUAUAAGAAGAUUCAUAUGGUUGAAUGCACAACAAGGUACUCUGUCCCAAAUGCAACCCUCAAAUUAUCCUUGUUUAUUGUUGGGAGGGGCUACUUGCAGGCCCACAAGGGCCAUUUCAGUGGUUAGGGGUACAAUCUCUCCCAAGCCCUUGUGUAUGAAUGUUGCCUAACUGUCGAAAGCAUUGGUGACAAUGAAUGUUCGACUCUUUCCUAUGAUCCAUUUCCCUUUGUCACAUGCUCUUGAUCAACCAAUUCAGUUAAUUUACAAUUUUGUUUCCUUACUCAAGAAAAAAAUUCACCAUUAAUAAUUUAGAUGAAUGCCCUUACUAAGAUGUACAGAAAUGUGAAAACUAACCAAUGUGGGCUUCCAAAUCUGUGAUAUUGGCAGCUAUGCUUUUAGUAUAUAAUUCCUGGUUAAUCCAUUCAUUUGUCCCCUUCUUUAUUUCUUGUACCAUUCGAUCGAUAAGUUUGAAACUUUGAAUUCAGAAAUAAUGCGAUACACCCUUCUUCUUGAUUACCAAGCAAUUGUGAAGGGGGGGGGGGGGGGGUUGGCAUGGUAAAAUAUAAAAACUGUAUAAUUCUGUAUUUUUCCCUUUACAUUUGAAGGAUCCCCUAACAUACUACGUAUGAUUUGGUCACUUUCAGAAAUCAUCUUUUGGUGUUGAGCUGGAAAUAUGGGGAAAAAAUACUGGCAUGUGUAAUUUUUUCGAAAUCACAUAUGUAUAUUAUGAGAACAUGAUGUUCUGAUGAACUUAGUUCCAUAGGUUUUUAAAUCUUAUUGAAAAACACUUCAAUAGGAGCAAUAGUUACCGGUAGUCAACAUAGUGUAGGGCAGCUGACUCCUUCACUGAUAAAACAAAACACAACAAGGGAGCAUUUUUCAAAGUUUAGAGAUUGAUGGAAUGAGUCUAAUGUAAUUGUCAUAUUUCUGCCCUGAAUUUGUAUCCAUACAAAUGAUUUUUCCUUCCUUGUUAUGUUAGUUAUCCCCAAUCGACUCCGUAAGCCCUGUGAAAGUGAUUCAAGUUGUAUACCUGCAGAUUGUAUUUGUGUACAAUAACCGCUUUUAUCACAUGACUUUCCUACUAUAUAUACUGUUAAUAUAUAUAACAUGAUAUAGAUGAUUAUUUACUGCAUUUGUGUAAUAGUAGUCAUAGUUUAUAUUCCAUAAUUUGCCACAAAUUGUGAUGAUACAUGUAGAUUUCUGGACAUAGAUUUUCUUGUCUUUUUUAAAGCUAUGAUUUCCCUGAAUACACUUAACGUAGAUAGAAUUCUUGUAUGAGCGUUUGAUAGGGAUACAUGUAUUUAAUAGGCAACCUGUUUUUUGUUGGUUCAGUACAGCUAUAUGUGUGGACAAGUCGGUCACAUUAUCACCAUGCGUGCACCAGAAUUGCUGGCUUUUAGUUUUAUUCUGUGUGUUAAUGGAUUUGUAUAAUAGAGAGAUAAAAGAGUACAGAGUCACAGGAACUUUCCAGAUUUAUACCAAAAUGUAGGAUGAAUAUAUAGCUUAUGAAUUGAAAGUCAGCAAUUCUGAGUAAUGUGUACUGACAAGUGUGUUAUUUUUUUCUUUUCAUCCGGGGAAUUUUACUCUGGUGUUUUUUUUGUUUGUUGAUUAUUAACACUACUAUGUCAAUUAUAUCUGUACAGACUUGUUCUCUGCAUUUGCAUAAAAAUUGUCAAAAAUUGCUUCAUUAUGAUGAACAUUUUUCCAGAAAAAAAAUGUGUAGUGUACUGAUUUAUAAUGUUAUAUGUAUGUAAGGUCUCUUAAUAACAGGUUUGGAAACUUUAAAAUGAAGUGUUGGAGAUAACAAAAUGGUAGAUUUUUUGAUGGAGAAGUAAAGAUGAAGAAUAGAUCUUGAAGUUGUCAUGUGACAUCAUCCAUCCAGUACAAGCUGCUGAUGUAAUUAUGGCUGUUUAUUUCCAGGAUAACAGAAAUAAACGCAACACAUGAUGUGGCAUCUCGA